AUGAAGAAGUUCGACAAGACCGCGUGCAUGCGCAACUUCUGGUCGCAGGUGCAUCUGAGCCAAACGGGGAUCGUCGCGAUUAACGAUGUUUUUCCCCUGGAAGGCGGGCUGUUGCUCCAGUUUAUGCGGGACCUGAAAAUCUACGCGCACCGACAGCAGUGGCAAACGCGGCCGGAUUCCGCGGUGAACCCCUGGGCGAAGAAGCAGAAAGUUUUCUCCUGGGCGCUGCACGACCUGUUCGGACCGAGGUUUGUCCCGGACAAGAGGGGCACGAUUUUGGGAAACGCGAAGUUGAAGGAGGAACUGGAAAAAGAGUUGAAACUGAACCGGGAGAAGGAGAAAAAACUGUUGCUGCAUCCGGUCGCGGAAAAAUCUGUUUCGGAGAUCACGAAUCUGUUGAAAAAGAAGGAAAACCAAAACGAGAACAGCUCAACAUCCGCAUUGCUCUCCGCCGCGAAGGAGGUGGUGCAGGCCAAGGAGGUGAAGCAAGCGGCGCUGCAGUCUGCGAAAUCUUUAUACGACGAGCAGAAGAAACCAACGCCCGCCCAGGUGGAGGCCAUGGUGAAGCAAGAAGCGAAAUUCAACAC